CUUCAGGGAGUGGCGGUGACGUAAAGACCCGCAAUAACACAACCAGAGAGCAGCACAAACAAGGAAGUGAAACCGAACAAACGCGAAACUUUGCUGUGGAUAAUCAGGUGCUACAGAAAAGGCCCACAUCCAACGUCUGACCUUAAUAUCGUUAAUAUUUCCAGUGACCAUUACGGGACAAUGAACAGCAAAGCUCCCUAUCCACAGCAAGCUGCAUAUCCCCAGCAAGCCAGUGCACCUCUGUACCCCCCGCCAUUGCAGGUGUCCCCUCAAGUUCCGCCUUACUCUGAUGCACCCCCUCCCUACUCUGAGAUCUACCAGCCCAGGUACAUGCACCCUCCCCAGGCCCCGGGUCAGAUGCCACAGAUGUCCUCUGCCUACCCCGGCACGCAGAUGUACAUGCCCCUGCAGCAGUCUGUGCCAGUAGGCCCGGUCGGCCCUAAUGUACCCAUGGCAUACUACCCCAUGGGGCCAGUGUACGCCCCAGGCUCCACAGUGCUGAUAGAGGGUGGCUUUGAUGCAGGGGCUCGCUUUGGACCAGGCGGUGCGAAUAUCCCUCCCCCUCCGCCCGGCCACAUCCCCAACGCAGCACAGCUCGCGGCCAUGCAGGGCGCCAACGUCAUGAUGUCACAGCGCAAGAGCAAUUUCUUCAUGGGCGGGUCCAGCGGUGGCUACACCAUUUGGUAACAGCAAACAUCGCCCCGGCAACCCCCCCUCCUCCCCCGACUCUCCACCCCCCUCCCAUCGCGGACCCCCACCAUCUCCUGCGGCCUGUCAGUCGUCACGCCGCAGUACUGACAUCGCCUAACAGAAUGUAAUGUUUUAGUGGCCAUUGUCUGAAGGUACAGUAAUCCAACUCAGCUGGAGGGAAUUGAGCGCCGCCUAGCAACACCCUCCCCCUGAGGCGGUGUGUUGGGUAUGCCACAAAUAUCUGUACAACAGGGAAUUUUGGGGAGGCAUUUUGAAAUACAUAAGUAAACAAGCACACAUUAAUUUGGUCAUUGCAACUUAAAUGUUACUAAAAUAUUUUUCCCCAGUGAACUUCAAGCCAGAAGUUUUUCAUAUGUCUUCCUUGCACUGUGGGGGUCCAAAUAUUUGUGGUCACAGGGUUUCUUUAAAACUACCCCAUAUUGAAAAGAUAUAAACACCCUGCUGAGAGCCGGCUCACAUCAGAACAAAGUCGAUUUUUAAGAUGGGUGACUCAAAUCAGACUUCACCAAAAGAGUCUACUUCACUGCAAGGAUCUGAGCCAAAUCCAGUUUUCACUUUUCAUCAAGGGACCUAGCAAAAUUGUGCUCUGGCCUUAAUGUGAAGUUGUAGAUACAUCUCUAACCACCAGGGGGCGGAAUUAAAAGAGAUGUCUGUGGCUUAUUUUAUUCCUUUGAAAUUGUACAGAUAUUUUUGUGCAGAUAGAAAGCAGGCCAUGAAAAAAAUCAAGAGUUAACCCUUGACAGAAUCGUAAGGUUCCACUCUGGUUUACUGUACCUUUCUUGGCUCCUUUUAGAGGAACAUUAUUGGGUGCUAAACUUUUAUGUGCACCUAUGAUUAAAAAAAUAAUUAAAGAAAUAUAUUAAAGUGCAGGUGAAAGUUCUCUGAUAUGAAGGGUUGGUUGGCGUCUUUUUAUGUUGUCGGAUACCCAGAGUCUUGCAAAUGAGUUAUGUCUCAGUUUAUGAACAUUCUUUUUUUGUUGAAGCUUCCUUUCAGUCGUCUAUAUUUUCCGAAAAUGUAAAAGGAUGUACAGCUCUUCUUUUCUGUCAUUGCCAAAAAAGCUAAAUUUAAAAAUACAAAAUGUAUAAAAAAAUAAAAAAUCUCUGAUUCCAGCAGGAGAAAACGGACACAGGCCAUUUUCAGUUCCAUAUACAAAACAAUUUGUGGCACAUCAAGCUUGUUAACUGUUUAUAACUUGUGUCAUAGAAGUAUAGCCACACAUCUGGUUAUACCAAAGAAUAGAAUGGUCCCAUUUUAAUGAAUUAGUCUGUCACACCGGCGAACCCUCUCCUCCGCUGAGCCAAUAGAUUUUUGCAGAGAACUGUAUUAAAACGUGCAUUUGGAGUAUAAUUGCUUUUUGAUUAUGUUGUAUGCUUUUUUGCACAUUUUUAUCCAAUAAAAAUUUUGAAUUAAGUUGUAA